AUGGCUCGAAACUAUGAUGCUGCCAUCUCGGCGCUGAAUUUGCUGCAGAGUAACUUCGCCGCCAUUCAGCAGGUGAAUAAAGACAGGAAGAACAUGAAUUUACGGUCCAUUCCGGAGACCAUCGAGUGGCUCCGACGCAUCGGGUACAAGUCUUCUGAUUUGGACCGACUGAAUCUCGUUCACAUUGCGGGCACGAAAGGCAAAGGUUCAACUUCAGCUUUUGUGUCGUCUAUUCUUUCCCAAUAUACUGUCUCGCAGUCACCCGAGUCGGAAAGCUCUUCCCCAAAAAUCACCAAAGUUGGGUUGUAUACCUCCCCUCACUUGCGAUUUGCCCGCGAGCGCAUCAAAAUCGAUAAUGCCCCGCUUUCCGAGGAAAAGUUCGCUCAAUACUUUUUCGAGGUAUGGGACCGCUUGGAGGAGGCUGCUCGAGUGGCGGGGGAGAACCCUUCAGAUCCACAGACGAAACCACAAUACUUCCGUUAUUUGACACUGAUGGCUUUCCAUACUUAUAUCAGUGAAGGUGUGGAUGCCGCAGUGAUCGAGUGCGGAAUCGGUGGGGAGUACGACUGCACAAACGUGAUUGAUCGGCCUGUUGCAACUGCCAUUACAAGCCUCGGGAUCGAUCAUACCGCUUUGCUUGGGAACACAAUAGAGGAGAUAGCUUGGCACAAAGGUGGAAUUAUCAAGCCAGGCGUGAAGGUUUUCAGUUCACCCCAACCCCCCAGUGCGGAAGAAGUACUACACAAGCGUGCGCAGGAGAAGGGAACGCAGCUGCAGAUUGUGUCGGGGCACCGUGAACUUCAUAGCGGCAGUGAGCUCAAGCUUGGCCUUGCCGGCGACUUUCAAUAUACAAAUGCAUCGUUGGCUGUAGCUACUGCCGCCGAGUUCGUUGCAAAAUUGGGACUUGAAGAUAUCCCUUCGGACUUUAUGGAGAGGCCUCUACCAGCCAAGUUUCGCAAGGGAUUGGAAUCGGCUCGAUUGGGCGGCCGAUGCGAGACCAGAAGUGAGAAAGACAUCACAUGGUACAUUGAUGGCGGUCAUACAUUGGAGAGCAUCAAACUGGCUGGCCAAUGGUUCGCUUCCCAGAUUCAGAUUAAUUCAUCAUCGAGCGCUGCAGCUGAGAAGAAGCUGAGGCUUUUGAUCUUCAACCAACAAACUCGCGACAGUAAUGCUCUUGCCCAAGCGCUCCAUGAAACCCUCUCAAGUGCUCUAGGGUCGGAGAGCCCAUUUACCCAUGCGAUUUUCUGCACCAACGUGACAUACAAGGACGCCGGGUACCGGCCGGACCUCGUAAGCAUGAACACUAACGCAUCUGAUGUGGAAAGGCUGCGGGUACAAAAUGGCCUCGCUGAGAAAUGGAAUUCCAUCGAUCCCAAGGCGGAAGUUAAGGUCUUUGGCACUAUCGAGGAGGCUGUUGACUUUGCUCGGGAGCUUGCGAGACAGGAGAGAGGCCAUAUAGGCCAUGACGAGGCCCCUGUCAUGACUUUUGUCACGGGCAGCUUACAUCUGGUUGGAGGUUUUCUCGACGUUAUCGAGACCAAACCUGGUCCACAAUAA